AUGACACAGAUAGUCUCGGGCGCUGAUAUCUACGGACAAGGGUCCUGGAUUGACUCUAAGGCACCACCAGUUCCCGAUGAUGCAUGUCGACUUCUCAAGAUGCUGGCCGAGGCGACGCCCGGAUUCACAAAAGACCUCGCCGUUCUGAACACGGUAGCUUUCACAGGUUCCUCCGACACAAUCGUCCCUGGCCCCUUGAAAUCAGCCGUUAUCGCUGCAGCUCUGCACGCCAUGAGCGGCAUUGUCGCUAACGAGCUCUUCGAGCUCAGAGAUGGCGAGAGCUCUAGUCGGACUGUGUCAGUCAAUACCGACCAUGCUGCAUUCUGGCUCGGAAGUGUAGGCAUGACCAGACGCAACGGGCAGACUGUCCAGGACCUUGGCAAGGAUGGCAAAUUGGGUGCCAUCUUCCCUAAAGAUCUCCAAGGAGACAUCUUCGGAACACCACUCAGAUUACGCGCCACGGCGAACUAUGAGACCAAGGAUGAAGGCGUUUGGUUUCAGCUACAUGGGUCUCUAGGGGCAGAUCCAGUACUACAAACCAUCGGCAUAGACCCAUCGCUAGAGUGCAGCAGUAACGAUGAGGCCACUCGAGUCAUUGCGGAGCACGUUCGCAAGUUUGGAGCGCAUGAGCUGGAGAUGAUGUAUCUCGUUCAGGGCCUUUGUGGAAGUAUCUGCUAUACUCCUAGUGGAUGGAAACAGACACGCAUGGCCAAGGACUUGGCUAAGCACCCCCUUAUCAACUACAAGCUGCAGACGCACGCAGUACCUACACCAGCCAUUCUGUUGCCAGUAUCUACCGAUAAACGACCACUGGCUGGCAUUAAGGUCGUGGAGCUUGUCCGAAUCAUUGCAGGCCCCGUUAUUGGAACGACAUUGGCUGCCCUCGGAGCUGAUGUGAUCCGUGUGAACUGCAGUCGCCUCCCUGACUUUAAUGGACUUCAACUGACGCUGAAUGCUGGCGUUAGAACGGUGGAUAUCGACCUGGCCAAAGAUGAUGAAGUAAAACAUCUCUUCGCAUUGGUUGCAGAUGCAGACGUCUUUAUUCAAGGCUACAGGCCCGGAGUUAUUGCCAAUAAAGGACUCAGCCUUGAGAAUCUCCUAGAGUUAGCUGGCAAAAGAGGCAAGGGCAUGGUAUAUGUGGAAGAAAAUUGCUACGGGCCAAAUGGCCCUAUGGCCGAGCGACCUGGCUGGCAACAAAUCGCUGAUGCUGCCUCUGGGUGUUCCUAUGUCACUGGGAGAAGCCUGGGACACAAAGACGGAACAUGUGUACUUCCUGCUCUACCUGUACCGGAUAUGCUCACUGGUUUGAUCGGAUGCAUCGGCACUAUGAUGGCCAUCAGGGACCGUGCACGUCAAGGCGGAUCUUACCGUGUUUUUGCAUCCCUCAUGGCCGCUGCUUCUCUCCAUCUAAGCCCUGAGGUCGGAUUAUACUCGCCAGAGGUGGUACAGCGCUGCCAAGAGAAGUUCGGUUGGAACGAUACCAGUCCUGACCUCUUUGUACUUGAGCUGCUGGACGUAGUACUGAAGGCAUGGGCUAAAGAGAUGCCGGAGUCCUUUGGGGAGGACUCGCCUUUUAUGUCUACACUCAAAGGUGACUGGGGUGAGUUUCAAGUGCUGAAGCCGGUUGUACAGCUGAGCGAGAAAAACGCAUCGCCAUACUACUCAUCUGCUCCAGAGCCUAAUUGCUCUCGGGAGAGUACUGCAGUGGCAUGGCAAUAG